CAAGCUGCGCUGCAGGUUGAAAGCAGAUCGUGUUGGGCAAAUGCGUUGUCGCAAGGGCCAUGUUGGCAGGUGGCUCCUCUCUGUCUACGUGGAGGCACAAGGCUAUACUGGGAGUUCUGGGGGAAGUUUAUCGCACAUUUUUCAGUCAGCAAGAUGUUACUCUCGUCCACGCAACGAAUCAUCCCCAUAUGUGAAGAUUAUAAAAGAUACUGGCGGUAGACUUGCUGCUAGACGCUGGCAAGCACGCAACAGUGAUGGCAGCAUCGUUUCGUCAGUUUCUGUAGAGCCGGCUCAGAGUCGCAUAGCUCCGAAAUUGCGACCUCCGACAAUUCGACCACAGGACGAAUUCGAGCAACUUGAACCGGGGGUGACGAGCACCGGUGAUUCAUGGUUGCAGGAUCUUAGUCUGCCUUCACCUCCUCCUCUAACUCCUGAAAACUUUGCCAAGCACGUAAAAUUUGCGGCGACGUUGGAAGCUGAUCCAAAGUCAGCUGCGACAGCCAUACUCGCCGACUACGUUCGAAACAAAGACAACAUUCUGCAGUAUCUUACAUCGGACAUAACCUAUCUCAUCUUUGAGGAACUGGUUUCUCGCGGCGAAACACGCCAGCUUCGUUUGGUAGACUGGCAUCGCUUGCUUCAACGAUUGGUGGGAUCGCGUCCAUUCGAUAUGCCCUCAGAUCCUCAGGACUCAAAACGUGCGACAGCGGUUUUGCGAGAGAUCAAGCGUUGUGGAAUUAAUCCUGAUGCGUUUGUUUACGCCUGCCUCUAUCGUGCUAUGAAGGACGACGUCCGUAAAGUUCAUGCAGUCCAUGACUUUGUAAUGAACAGCAUUCGAAGCAAUUCUCUACCCCAGAGUUGCACUUUGGCAACCGAUAGAUCCUUUCGGACAUUGUUAGCUGUGUAUCUACGUCGUCCAAAAUACCCCCUCUAUAUUCAUCGUGCAAGAAACCUGUGGAACGACAUGAAGGACGCUGGAAUAACGCCUUCUUUCAACAUAUGUCUCGCGUUUCUUGAGGCGUACCGAUUACAUGACAGCAAGGUCGAUGUCGAUUCUAAAGGGGUUAUAAAAGUCCACCGGCUUUUGUCCACGUUGAAGAAGGAAAAAAGAAUGGAGCAAAUAGCUACUGAUGCUCUAAUGAUCGCCCAUGAUGCCUGUGGACAUCGAGAAGCUGUAAAAAGGCUGUUCGACGAAAUGUCAUGGCAAGGAUUUGAGCCAGGAUUCACUGCGUACAAGCUUUACUUACGUGCAGUACAAGAUCAUCUGCCAACGAAUGGGGUGCAGUCGCUUCCAAUUCGGACGUACGAAAAGAUGAAAAAGAAUAAUAUGGCCCUGGACGACGAAUGUUUCAGAAUUAUUUCAUUAGCGUAUGCGGGAGCCGGCGAUAGAGCCGGUGUCGCUAAUAUGCAUAGCGCGCUGAGAACAGACUUAGCAAACGCGGGGAGGGAGCUGACCGUAGUGCCAACUUCUCGUUCGUAUGAUGCACUUAUAGAGGCGUACAGCCGAUUGAGGGAUUGGGAGAGCGCACUGGGAGCUUUCGUGGAGCUUAAGAAGUUGAACACUUCAAAAAGUGAAAGCGCUGUCAAGGCUGCUCAACCGAAGAAUGAGCAAGGGGAUGUUGGUGAUUCCGUGAAAUUUGAGAAGGGUCGGUUCAAUUAUGAAGGCGUUUCUCGCAAAGUUCUCCGUUAUGUUGCGAGUGCUCUAGGAAGUAAGGGUCGUAUAGCCGAAGGGAAAGCAUUCUUCCUGGAACAAGUGCUUUGUCCUGCGCGCUUGGAGGCGUAUUGGGGUAGAAAGCUGGCGGGCGAGCAAAAGCGUCUUCGUUUGCAACGGGAAAUGGCCGAGCAAGCUGUAAUCACUGCAGAAUCAGGCUUGACUCGAGUCAAAGCAAAGGAUCUCCAAAACUUGAAGCGACAGCUCAAUGCGGCAAAACGGGCGGAGGAAAAAGGCGCUGAAGCUCAGAUUGGAAUGGAUGGGCCGCUCCGUGUGGUCUAUGAAGGAUUCGUGGAUGCGUGGCGGGAAAUGGUGGAGGACGGCUACCCAGCCGACGAGCAGGCACACAAGUUGAUGGAAAUGGAAGAAUUUAUGAGCGAAAUUUACGAAGAAGAGAAGCACCGACUGCAGAAGGUGCUCGGCAAAUUGGGGAUCAUCAUAGAAGAGGAGCCUCCGGUUGAGAGUCGAACGCUAGAGGACCUUUGGGAGGAGGAAGAAGAGGAGCUGAGUCCUGACAGGCACCACAGGAUGGAAAAUGUUCCUGGAGAACAAGUGGGCCAACAAGAUGCGGGCAUAUAAAGUUAUAGCAGGAUGUAUUAUGUAGACCUAUUGUAUUAACGCAUUAGCAAGUUCCAAAAACCUUUUAUCUAGACUGCAUUCACAUCUAAAUGUAUGAGUCGCAUAGAUUUAGUGCAUUUAUAAUUGCAUUUUCCUG